AUGGCUCCGCCAUCCUCUCUCCUUCUCCCUCUCUUCCUCUUCCUCUUCCUCCAAUCUUGUCGGCUCUCCACGUCGGCUCUGCCCAGCCUCGCCAAACGCGCGUCCCUCUCCGUGGACAACCCCGACGACCUCCUCGUCUCCCCCUCUGGCGCCUUCUCCGCUGGCUUCUUCCCCGUCGGCCACAACGCCUACGGCUUCGCCGUCUGGUUCAGCGACCCCCCCUGCACCGGCGCCGCCUGCACGCCCGUCUGGAUGGCCAAUCGUCAGGCCCCUGUCAACGGCCGCCGCUCUGCCUUAUCCCUCCUCGACUCGGGCAACCUCGUCCUCACCGACGCCGGCGCCGAGGUCUGGUCUUCCGGCCCCAGCUCCCCCUCCGCCGCUGAGCUCCGCCUCAACGACACCGGAAACCUCUUCCUCACGGAUGACUGGGGCGGCGUCCUGUGGCAGAGCUUUGACUCGCCGACCGACACCCUGCUCCCUCAGCAGCCACUCGCCAGAAACAUGUCCUUGAUCUCCGCUCGGAGCCGGCACAACUACUCGACCGGGUUCUACAAGCUUUACUUCCAGGACGACGGUGUCCUCAGCCUCAUCUUCGAUAUCCCGUCGCAGUCGGACCGGUACUGGCCGAACGACUGGCGCCCGGGCAAUCACUCUGGCCGACCCCUUUACAACAGCCGCAUCACUGUGCUCGACCCCCUCGGCCGCUUCCAGUUCGCCGAAAACUUCUCGUUCUACACCUCCGAUUACGGCGUCGCGGCUACGCAGAGAAGGAUGACCCUCGAUUUCGAUGGCAACUUGCGGGUCUACAGCCGCGAGCCGGGCUCAACUGUCUGGGCCGUAACGUGGGAGGCAAUCAGCAGCGUGCCCUGCUUCAUCCACGGCGCGUGCGGCAACAACAGCCUCUGCAGCUACGACCCGGCCAAGGGUCGGAGCUGCUCCUGCUUGCCUGGGUACGUCCCCAAGGUCCCGGGCGACUGGUCGGCCGGUUGCGUGCCCGAUUUCACCUUCUCCGACGGGUGCGUCCCCGACGAGUUCAGGUUCGUGAAGCUCCAGCACGUCGAUUUCUAUGGCUACAACUACAACAUGACCUCUAACACCACUCUCGCGAAGUGCCGGCAGAUUUGCCUGAGCCUGUGCAACUGCCGAGGAUUCGUGUACUACUCGUCGGGCUCCGGCGGCACGACCGAUUGCUACCCCAAGAUCGAGCUCCUGAAUGGCCACAACUUGUCCAGCUUCGAUGGCGAGUCCUUCAUCAAGUUCCCCAAGAAUAUGACCUUCCCCGUGGACCAGCUGGUGAAGAGGAGUCAGUACAUUUGCCCUCCCACCUCGGCGGUGAAGAUCUUGGACAGGAGCAAAGACGGUGGGUUGAGCUUCAUGCUCUGGUUCGCCUGUGUUGUUGGGGGGAUUGAGAUCGUGGUGGUGUUCUUGGUGUGGUGCUUCCUGAUCAGGAUCCAGCGGGACGUUACUUCUGCGCACCAGAGCUAUCUCAACGCCGCAGCCGGGUUCAAGCGGUUCACCUAUGAUGAGCUCAAAAAGGCAACGAGGAAUUUCAGCAAGGAGAUUGGGAGAGGCGCAGCCGGGAUCGUGUACAAGGCCUUAUUGCCGGAUGAUCGGGUCGUCGCGGUGAAGGUGCUCAGCAAUGCCACAACUGGAGAGGCCGAUUUUCUGGCCGAGGCUAGCACGAUCGGGAGGGUGAACCACAUGAAUUUGAUCGGGAUGUUGGGUUACUGUGCCGAGGGAAAGCGCAGGCUAUUAGUAUACGAGUUCAUGGAACAUGGAUCGCUGGCACAGAACUUGUCGUCACCUGAGCUUCAUUGGGAGAGGCGGUUUGACAUUGCGGUGGGCACCGCGAAGGGUUUAGCUUAUCUCCACGAGGAGUGCUUGGAGUGGGUUCUGCAUUGCGACGUGAAGCCUCAGAACAUACUCUUAGACUCCGACUACCAACCCAAAGUUGCGGAUUUUGGGCUUUCCAAGCUAAUGGACCGGGGGAAGGUGAGGAAUUCCAACUUCUCAAGAAUUAGAGGAACUCGAGGAUACAUGGCUCCCGAUUGGGUCUCAAAUCGGCCCAUCACGUCCAAGGUGGAUGUCUAUAGCUACGGGAUUGUCAUGUUAGAGAUGGUGACUGGAAUUAGCCCGACAACGAGUGUCGAUUCAUUGGAGAGCAGAGGGGAUGCCGAGCAAAUCCAACUUGUCCAGUGGGCGAGGAAUAAGAUGAAGGGACCGGGGAGGACGGGGUCCCGUCUGGAAGAGAUGGUGCAUCCUGCGCUCAGGGGCGAUUACAACUUGAAGCAAAUGGAGGUCUUGAUCGAGGUCGCGCUCAAGUGCGUGGAGGAAGAUAAAAACACCAGACCCACCAUGAGCCAAGUGGUGGAAAUGCUUCUUAGGCACAAGAAUGAUGGUUAGAUUAGGGUGCAAGUGUUGUGAGAUUGAUUCAGGUGCUAUUUCUCUGGUCACGUCAUGGCUGCUUCCUAAAAAUUUUAAAUCUGCCAUGGCUUGCCAUUAUCUUGUUCCUUGAAAAUAUGAAAUUUAUUGACACCUCAUUUUAGCCGACAAGUCACAUAAUAAAAAC